UGGGCAAAGCGGCUGAUCGACACGCGGGCCAUCACGAUCAUGCCAGCAGCCAACGCCCUGGGCUACAGUCAGAACGUGAGGGAGGAGAAUGGAGUCGAUCCCAACCGCGACUUUGCGUGGGACCAACAGGCAUCUUCGUGCAUGAAAACGAUCGCGGCGAGAAGCAUCAACGAGGUCUGGUUGGACCACAUCUUUCAGCUCAGCAUCACCUUCCACGGAGGCGACCACCUCAUCGCGUAUCCCUGGGGAGACACCAUUCACUGCCAGGGGAACUGGUACUCCUGCUCGGGGGGUUGGCAAGCGCCAGACGAGACGGGGAUGAACGACCUGACAGUCGGGCUGAGGAAGUUUGUGGGGAAGUUUGCCAGCGGACGUGGAGUAGUGGAGGAGUACAACACAGGAGCGCUCAACGAUCCCAGGGUGAUCUACCCAGUCAACGGAGGGAUGGAGGACUGGGCGUACGGGGCGUCAUGGGAUAAUGAGGGCCUGGUCAAGUGCUCGCCCUCGAGCUUCGACGGGUACUCGGCAGCCAAGACGACGUACAACAACGCGACGAACCGAGCGAUCAACCUGCUGGUGGAAACAGCCUUCGAGAAGACCCCCAGUGAGAGCCUGCUGGGGUCGAGCGAGGAGGUGCUGGUGGGAGGAGGAGGGAAGGGGAACGGGCACGUGGCUCGCAACAUUCGCCUGUGCUGGUUCCUGGCUGACAUGGUGCAACCCUGGCUGGAGAUCGUGAAAGUCGACGAGCUGCCCAACUUGGUCACCCCAGGGUUCAAGUUCUCUGUGACGUGGGAGGCGGGAGGAGCCAUCUCCAUCACCGAGGCCAAGAUCGUCUGCUCGUCUUCCGCCUCCUCCGAGAACCUCUGCUCCUCAACAACCAUCACCAACAGAAAGCUCUGGGAGGACGGGAAGAAGCUCCCAUCCAUCAAGUCUCAGGAGUGGGCAAGUCCCUCCAGGAACGAGGCCAGCAAGGGGCAACCUCAGACUCACUUCGUGCGCGCGAGAACCGACGCGUCAUGGUUGGCAAUCAAC